AUGAAGAUACCGGAAAGCACUGAGAAAUACGGCUCGAACAACUGUUGGCAAGCAAUAAACGCUCUCGAUAUUAAACAGAACGUCCAUUUGCCUAAGGUAAUAGCAGCCAGACCGAAGAAAUUUACAUUAUCCGAAAGCAAAGUAAAAGUUGAUAAAAUAUAUCGAACAGGAGCCAGUAAGAUCGACGGUCUCCAUUGUAUGCUAAUUCAGAGCAUGGCGCUAAAGUCGUGCGGAAGUUUACAUGAAAUCGAGCUCGCAUUCAACCGCUCGAAGUCUUUUCAAUUAAUGCCACCUAUAUAG